AUGGAGGCCGAAAUAUUGAUCAUUGGUGCUGGGAUUUUCGGCAUCAGCACCGCCUACCAUCUCGCUAAGCAAUCUUCCAACCCAUCAAGCAUCAUGAUUCUUGAUCGGGCCCUUCCACCAUCAGGCGAUGCUGCAUCCACAGACAUCAACAAAAUUGUUCGAGCGGAUUACUCAAGCACUCUAUACAUGGACCUAGCAUUUGAAGCGAUUCACGCCUGGAAAAGCGAUCCACUCUUCACCACCGCUGGAGUCUAUCACCAAACUGGCUGGAUUUCUAUGGGAGAGCGGGGUAGCGAUGUCACCGCGAGAAUUCGCAACAAUUUCAAAACCAGCGGACGUUUCGAUCCGACAAAAGAUAUGACAGAAGAUGAAGUUCGUCGCAACUGGGGUGGAGUAUUGAAAGAUGCAGACAUGAGUCAGUUCGAAUCGUACUAUUUUAACCCGUCGGCUGGAUGGGCGGAUGCUGGUCAUGCCCUGAAAAUCAUGGCCGAUGAGGCCAUUCACAUGGGGGUGCAGUAUCAGGUCGGCGAGGCCAGUCGACUCGUGUUAGAUGAUCACAGAGUCACUGGAGUUGAAACUAGCGGCGGGGACGUAUACACGGCCAAGAAGAUCAUUUUAUCCACAGGUGCCUGGACUAGCCAGCUGAUGGCUUCAACUGAGGACCAACUUCAUAUGGCUGCGAAGUCUAGAAUGGAGAGUCAACUCACCGCAGCAGGCGUUUGUGUAGCGCAUUUCCAAUUGUCAGACACCGAGCGGUCACCCUAUGACCAUCUUCCGGUUUACGUGUAUGGUGAAGAAGGUGAAACAUUUCCCCCAACAGCUUCAGGUUUGCUGAAAUUCACAAACACGGCCUCAUUCAAGAACUCCGUUCGAACAGAUGGUGGAUAUAUCAUCUCCAUCCCACCUUCGACUGACCAACAGGCUGUCCCAGCUGGCCUUCGUCAGGAGUUCGUUAAAUCAAUCAGGGGCCGAUUGCCUCAACUCUUUGCGAACGAUCGCCAAGUCGACUUUUAUCGCAUUUGUUGGGAUGCGAUCACACCAGAGCAGCACCCUUUAAUCACACGACAUCCACACCCUCGUCUCUCCAACUUAUAUCUCGCCGUCGGAGGCUCAUUCCACUGCUGGAAAUUCCUCCCCGUCAUCGGACGCUACGUAAAGAAUGUCAUAUAUGGUGUGAGCAACGGGGCCGACCGCGAUAAGGCGUGGGGGUGGAAAGAAGAACAGGCAGGUCGAGGAGUUCACGCCAGUCUUAUGCCCAGUAAGGAACUCCGUGAUUACUAUAUUUGA